GUGCAAGACGAAGGUGUACGCCGACGACCUCCCCAACACGAGCGUGGUGAUCGUGUUCCACAACGAGGCCUGGAGCACUCUGCUCCGCACCAUUUACAGCGUCAUCAACCGGUCGCCCCGUCGGCUGCUCGCCGAGAUCAUCCUGGUGGACGGGGAGGUGCGAGCCGAUUUUCUGAAGGCCUCGUUAGAGAACUACGUGAAAAACUUGGACGUGUCGAUAAAAAUCAUCAGGAUGGAGCAGAGGUCGGGGCUGAUCCGCGCGCGGCUCCGAGGCGCCGCGGCCUCCCGGGGCCAGGUCAUCACCUUCCUGGACGCGCACUGCGAGUGCACGGCGGGCUGGCUGGAGCCGCUGCUCGCCAGGAUCCGGGAGGACCGAACUGUGGUCUGCCCAAUCAUCGACGUGAUCAGUGAUGACACGUUUGAAUACAUGGCUGGGUCCGACAUGACUUACGGAGGGUUUAACUGGAAACUAAACUUCCGCUGGUAUCCAGUUCCCCAGAGAGAGAUGGACAGGAGGAAAGGAGACCGAACCUUGCCUGUGAGGACCCCUACUAUGGCUGGUGGCCUAUUUUCUAUUGACAGAAACUACUUUGAAGAGAUAGGAAGUUACGAUGCAGGAAUGGAUAUCUGGGGUGGCGAGAAUCUUGAAAUGUCUUUUAGGGUCUGGCAGUGCGGGGGCUCCCUGGAGAUCGUGACGUGCUCGCACGUGGGCCACGUGUUCCGCAAGGCCACGCCGUACACCUUCCCCGGCGGCACCGGCCACGUCAUCAACAAGAACAACCGCAGGCUCGCCGAGGUCUGGAUGGACGAGUUUAAAGACUUCUUCUAUAUCAUAUCCCCAGGUGUUGUUAAAGUGGAUUAUGGUGACGUGUCGGUGAGAAAAGCACUGAGGGAGUCUCUGCAGUGCAAACCCUUCUCGUGGUACCUGGAAAACAUCUACCCCGACUCCCAGAUUCCCAGGCGCUAUUACUCACUUGGGGAGAUCCGAAACGUUGAAACCAACCAGUGCUUAGACAACAUGGGCCGCAAGGAGAAUGAAAAAGUGGGCAUGUUCAAUUGCCAUGGCAUGGGAGGAAAUCAGGUAUUUUCGUACACUGCUGACAAGGAGAUCCGCACGGACGAUCUGUGCUUGGACGUCUCGAGGCUCAAUGGCCCCGUGAUCAUGCUCAAGUGCCACCACCUGCGGGGGAACCAGCUCUGGGAGUACGACGCCGAG